AUAAAACAGAACCCACAUUUAUACCAGACUCUCUUGACUUCUGUCUCUAUCCGCCUCCUUCAUCUCCUCUGGUCUUCUUCCAAGUGGAAAGCCUCUAACUUUCCCCUUUUCUCUCUACCUUCAUCUGCUGUAUGUGCCUUCUUGCAAUAUCUUUGCUUGUAGUUCCAUUUUUGUCACCUCUCUCCUCUCACUGCACGCACUCGCUCCCUCGCUGAAAAACCCUAACUUUAGGGUCAUUGCUUACUCAUCUCCUGUGUAAUGGAUCGUCUCACCAGCCUACCAGACGAGCUUCUUUGUCAUAUCCUGUCCUUCCUUCCGACAAAGUCUGCUGUCGUGACUUCAGCUCUCUCAAAGAGAUGGCUCAAUCUCUGGAAACUCAAUCCCAAUCUCGACAUUGAUGACUCUGUCUUCAUUCACGCCGAAGACGGUAAAGCGAAAAGGGAAGAUAUCCGACAGAGCUUCGUCGGCUUCGUAGACAGAGUACUCGCUAUGCAGGGUGAUUCUCCUAUCACCAGCUUCUCCCUGAAGUGCAUCACUGGCAUCCAUCCAGAUACCGUUAACCGUUGGAUCUGCAACGUGCUCAAGCGUGGCGUCUCUGACCUUAGCCUCUUCACUGAUUUUACUUGCGAGGAUACCGAAGAUGACAGUUACCAACUGCCUAGAGAGUUGUUCUUUAGUAGUACACUCGUUAAGCUGAAACUAAGAAGUGAGCACUGUGUUGAUUGGUGGUGGCAUGCAAAGUCUUCUUCCUUACCGAUGCUCAAGAGUCUUGACAUGGACUCUGACUUGAUUUUCUGCGGUGAGAUUGAGGAGUUUAUUCCUUCGUUCCCUGCGCUUGAAGAGCUACGGAUGGCUAGCAUGGAGUGGCUAGAGCCGUAUGUGACUGUGUCGAGUGCAACACUGAGAAAGCUAACUCUCCACGGCACCGGCUGUGAGGAGUAUGUGAAUCCAACGAGCGUCUCUUUUGAUACUCCGAACCUGCUUGUCUUAAGCUACUUUGACUUGGUUGCGGAAGACUAUCCUUUAGUCAAUAUGAACAAGUUGGUCCAUGCGGUAAUCAAUCUUAUAGUGACUGAUAAACAGGUUAAGCGACUAAGAGAGCUAAACAAUGAGGAGGAUGAUGAUGAUGAUGUUGUUCUCCACUUCGGCAAUGUGGUGAAGCUCAUGAAUGGGAUACAAAAUGUUCAGAUACUUUCCUUCACUGCUGAUACUCUCGAGGUGCUUUCUCAAUGCUGUGAUACAUUGCCAGUGUUCAACAACCUCAAGUUCUUAGGUAUCACAAGUGAAGAGGGUCGAGGAUGGCAAGCAAUGCCAGCUCUUCUAAAGAACUGUCCACGUUUAGAAACUAUAAUCCUUCGGGGUUUAUCACACUAUGUAACAGACAAAUGUGGAGAUGCUUGCCCCUGCAUUUCGCGGGAAGACAAAGGUAGUUCACUCAGGUCUUGUCCAGUGAAUAGGAUUGAGAUUCAAGGCUUUCUAGCAACGAUGAAGGAGAUGACCUUGAUAAAGCAUUUCCUGGACUAUUUUCCAAGUUUGAAGAGGCUUGAUGCUGUCGUUGAAGAUAAUGAACCUACACAGCUCCGAAACCCUGAAUUGUCUAAAUGUGUCACGGAGAUGUUUGGUCUCUACAACAAGCUGCACCCGAGUUGCAGUGUCGAGCUCAUGGUGAGUCCUUUCUUGCAAAAGAAGUGGCGUGAACAAGGACAUAUCUGAAAAGAACAAAACAUUUUCUUGCUUCUUAGUUUUGUCUUAUUUGACUUGGCAAUGUUUUUAGUUGGCUUGUAAACCCUCGCAAACUAAACCAAUCGACAAACCUAAAUCUGUUUCCAUUGUUUAUCUUUUAACUUUUUUUUUUUAAUUAA